CUGUCGAUCUCGAUCACUUACACUUGCAGUCAUUACGUUCGAUCUUCAAUGUCACCGUUAGAACUUGCACAAGUUAAUACAUCAAUUCUUUAAUUUAAAAAACGCAGUGAACAAUCAUCGUGAGGUAAAACGACAAGCGUAAGCCAUCAUUUACGACGUAGCAAAUACAACUGAUGGUAAAACUUUAAAAAAAAAUCGUCAUAAAAAUCAGAGUGAUCAUGAUAUUUUUAAACGUGAGUGUCUUCAUUUGCCUUCACGUCGUGAUGACGUUGUUAUCUGUGAGGGCAUACGAAAUUGAAAGAGGCAUCGUUUUCUCCAAUGCGGAUGUUCCGUCCAAUCGUAAAUCUCUGCGAAAUUUUUUUCUGGAUCUACCGUUUCUCGACAAGUCAGUCGGUCCGCAAACUUCGGCCGCUGUACCAAUGAGAGAUCGAACUGUCGGACCGCGAGCCCUUCGCGACGUGUUCUUGAAGGACCGAGCCGUCUAUCCAUUCGGCUUUUCGAUUUUUCGUGAUCAACCGAUCAAACAGAAUUCCUUCGCGUCGUUCAGAGAUAAACCGUUGUUCAAAGACGCAAUACUGAAGAAUCAGGAAUUGCGCGGAGAACGGGCGGUUCUCGGAGACAAUCCUUUCGUGGGACAAUUGCUCGCGCCGGAGGGAAUCUUCGAGGGACAAGUGUCAACGUACGGCAGCCGAGCACCGUUCAAAGAGCAGUUGUUUACAGCUGAAACGCCGCUUAAAAACUUAUUUCGCGGACAAUCAUCCCCGGCCGAACAAGCGUCGUUUCAGAAGCAACCGACCAUCGUCGAAACUCCGCCCGCCCCUGACUCGAUCGAGUUCCAUCGAGACGAUUAUAUUAAACCAAUCGAUUCGUACGAGCGAUAUAAAGACAUACCGACUACGUUCGACGGGAAAUCGACGAUAUAUACAAAACACGAUGAGCAGGCGCCUGGAUGGUCGUCGCUGCCGAUGGUCCCGUUUUCCGAGUACCUCCUUCCAUUGAGCGCCGAGAUGCCCAGGACGCCGCCAUCGACGCCCGUUAUCGUGCACGGACGUAAUCCCGUGUCUUCUGUUUCCCCUGGUAUGGGCGAAGCUCAUUCCUCAGAGGCUUCCAAGAUGGAACUAGGUCCGUUGCUAACGUCAGCCAGCAACUGCAAUGCGUCGGUUGACAGCUCGCCGACAACCGUUCCAUCAAUCUCAGUUAGCACAAACCAAUCCUCGAUUGUAGGUCACAUCUUAACAAGUUUAACAACCAAGCCCAGCUCGCCUGUCAUGGCAACGUCAAUAGCGCCGUCCGCCGGAAAUAUCCUCGAGCCGAUUUACUUUCACGCUACUAAACAUGGAGCUGUCACAUCUCCUCUUCCUACUCUGGAUGACGUGCACGCUCACGCGCUUUCACACACUCCGAAGAGCAGCCUCAAGAUCAACGAGCAUGACUUCAAAUUCCUAGCGUUGGAAGCGCCAAAGAACGUUGAAAUCCAAAGCUCCAUGUUGAACUACAUUCUCCCCGAAGAGCACAAAAGCGGACUAAAGGGUAUUCAGAACUCCUUCGCGAACUACGCGCUGCCCGUGAAAUUUAAACAAGACUGGCCUUUGCAGCAGUUCUCACAACCGGAAACAUCCUCCGGCUACGCUCCGCCGUCUGCAGUGAACGGCAAGGCUAAACUCAUUUUACCGAAUAUACCUGUCGCGCCAAUUUCUUGGCCGAUAGAAAUUAAAAGCGACAUUUCCACAAUGCUAUCAUUGAAAUCUAUAAUGACGCCCGACGCGGCGACGAGAAACAAACUACUGCUAGGCAUAGACUUACCUGUGGACUUCACGGCAAGCAUACCAAACAGUCUGACUUCAAAUACACCCAAUGGUAUAUCUGGAAGCAUAACUGAUGGCAUAUCAACGGGCAUACCUGGCGGCAUGACGACGAACAUACCUGCGAGCAUACCAACUUUGAACCUCGGGCAAAGUUUACAUCACGUGGAACAAUUACGGCCAACUCAAGAGGCAAGAAAUCCAUGGUACCCCACAGAUGCAGAAACCCGACGAGGGCGCGCCGGAAUUUGAUGGAGGAUAGCGGAGUGAUAUAACGCCCCUCAAUUUCGGCAAGAAUUUAUCUGUAAAAUUCUUCAAAUCUUGAUACGAAAAUUAUUAAAUGUAAACUGAAAAUAUUGCGCGAUGCUGACUCGGGCUAAGAUGAAACUUUAUGCAACGCUUGCAAAAUCCUGUAAGACAUAUAUAAUAAAGUUUUAAACACAAAAA